AUGUACUUCGCCAAAUCGUGCCUCCUCCUCCUUGCCAGCUCCGCCGUGCUGGCGACAGCUCUGCCAGCACCACUUCCCAACGCAAAUCUCCGCCGAGAAGAUGACAGGGUUGAUGUCGCGGAUGGAUUUAAGCUGCGUCGUGACGAUGAUGGGGUUGAUGUUGCAGAUGGAUUCAAGCUUCGUCGCGAUGAUGAAGGAGUCGAUGUUGCAGAUGGAUUCAAGCUUCGUCGCGAUGAUGAAGGGGUCGAUGUGGCGGAUGGAUUCAAGCUCCGUCGAGAAGAUGACGGGGUCGAUAUCGCUGAUGGGUUCUAA